AGAGAGAGGCGUGGGAGUUCCGUUUCCUCUUCUUCGAUAGUUUCUUGGAAGGCGAUUGAAUCGAAGGCGAUGGUGUUGGAUUGAAUUCGAGGUGGUGGGGAGGAGUUGGGCGUUGAGUUUGGCGAGGCGAGAGGGGGUUUCUUGAAAGGCCAAAGGCUCUGUUCUCGUAAAACUCCGAAGGAGAUGGCGGAGGACAGAGCCCCGUUGUUGGAGAGGAUGCGAUUGAAUCGAAGGAGAUGGUGUUGGAUUGAAUUCGAGGUGGUGGGGAGGAGUUGGGUGUGGAGUUUGGCGAGGCGGGAGGGGGUUUCUUGAAAGGCCAAAGGCUCUGUUCUCGUAAAACUCCGAAGGAGAUGGCAGAGAACAGAGCCCCGUUGUUGGAGAGGAUGCGAUUGAAUCGAAGGCGAUGGUGUCGGAUUGAAUUCGAGGCGGUGGGGAGAACUUGGGCGUGGAGAUUGGCGAGGCGGGAGGGGGUUUCUUGAAAGGCCAAAGGCCCUGUUCUCGUAAAACUCCGAAGGAGAUGGCGGAGAACAGAGCCCCGUUGUUGGAGAGGAUGAUGUACUACGAGAGCUGCCCCGGGUGUAAGUUGGAACAGAGGAAGGAGGAGAGAAGAGGGAUGCCCUACAAGGAGUUUCUUUAUGUGUGGAUCGUCACGCUUUGUACUGCUUUACCCAUAUCGAUAUUGUUUCCAUUCUUAUAUUUCAUGAUAAGAGACUUGCAUAUUGCCAAAAGGGAAGAAGAUAUUGGAUUCUAUGCAGGUUUUGUAGGAGCUUCAUUUAUGUUCGGGAGAGCUUUGACUUCUGCAUUUUGCGGACUGGUGGCUGAUAGAUAUGGGAGAAAACCUGUUAUUGUGAUUGGCAUAUGUGCUGUGGUCAUAUUCAACACUCUUUUUGGGCUAAGUACAACUUACUGGAUGGCAAUUACUACAAGAUUAGUCCUUGGAUCUUUCAAUGGUUUACUUGGUCCAAUAAAGGCUUAUUCUAUAGAAGUUUGUCGAGCAGAGCAUCAAGCUCUUGGAUUAUCAAUUGUCAGCACAGCGUGGGGUAUAGGUUUGAUAAUUGGCCCAGCAAUUGGAGGCUUCUUUGCGCAGCCUGCAGAAAAAUAUCCUGAUAUAUUCUCCCAGGAUUCCUUUUUUGGGAGGUUCCCAUACUUCUUGCCCUGCUUUUGCAUAUCGCUCUUUGCAGUCGGUGUGUUAAUUCUAUGCAUAUGGCUUCCUGAAACAUUGCAUAUGCAUAAUGUAAACAAAAUGCAAGAUGGAACAAUUGAGACUCUUGAGGCUCCAUCACAUGGAUCUGAUCUAAAAGAGAAUGCCAAUGAAAGUGAAGAAAGAGCUACUACAGAAAACCUAUUCAAGAAUUGGCCUUUGAUGUCAUCGAUCAUUGUUUAUUGUGUUUUCUCCCUUCACGAUAUGGCCUACACUGAGAUAUUCUCUCUAUGGGCCGUAAGUGAUAAAAGUUAUGGUGGAUUGAGCUUUUCAAGUCAGGAUGUUGGUGAGGUGCUUGCAAUCUCAGGUUUCAGUCUCCUAGUAUAUCAACUAUUUCUAUAUCCUUCACUCGUGAAAUUUCUUGGACCCAUCAUAUCGGCCAGAGUCGCAUCAGUCUUAUCUAUACCUUUGCUUGCUGCUUUUCCCUUUAUGACACAACUGUCAGGACUUAGACUUUCACUGAUAACGAAUUGUGCAUCAUUGCUGAAGAACAUUCUUUGUGUAACUAUCAUCACUGGGUUGUUCAUUUUGCAAAACAAUGCUGUGCCUCAACACCAAAGAGGAGCUGCAAAUGGUAUUGCUAUGACUGGAAUGUCCCUAUUCAAGGCAGCUGCUCCAGCAGGUGGAGGCAUCCUAUUUUCAUGGGCCCAAAAGCGCCAAUAUGCUUCUUUCCUCCCAGGUGAUCAGAUGGUUUUCUUCAUUUUAAAUGUGGUCGAGUUCAUUGGACUCCUGAUGACCUUCAAGCCCUUUUUAGCUGUACCCAACAAGUAGAACACAACAAUUAUAGUGUAUUCUUGAGACUGGAGCCUGGGCAAAAAAAUGGAGUCUGACAUGAUGGCGCACAUGAAGCAGGGUAGGAGCAUGCCUUGUGCUCCUGAUCAGCGCUGUGGCGCAUUCAUGAGCGAAUAUGAUGACAUGAUCCAGUAUCAUGAUAAUUAAUUUAUUAAUGUUAUCUGCUGCAUAGCAGCUGAGAUUGGCUGUUAUUAGACAGGUAAUAGAAAGUACGGCGAUAGCUUAGCUCUCAAUGGCCUUUUUUGUCUCCCAAAGAAGGUGAAGCUAAUGUUGUUUCAGUUUGUUAUUAACUUAAUCAUCAUCAAAAUCGACGUAAUUAUUAUUGUUUUCA